AUGGAUGUGAAGAAUGCAUUUCUUAAUGGUGAUUUGAAAAAGAAAGUCUAUAUGAAACUACCCCAGGAUAUUCUUGUCCUUCUAAUAAGUCUUGGUUUUACUUCUAACCCUCAUGAGAAUGCCAUCUUCAUUCGUAAAAGCGAACGUGUUCUUCUACUUUUGUAUGUUGAUGACAUGAUCAUUACUGGGGAUGAUGUUGAUGGUAUCUCUGAUCUCAAGGCCUCACUUCACCGUACCUUUGAGAUGAAAGAUCUUGGUUCUCUCAGCUAUUUUCUUGGUCUCGAGGUCAUCUCCACCAAUGAUGGCAUCUAUCUCUCUCAGGCUAAGUAUGCUUCAGAUCUUCUUGCUCGCACUGGGAUUACAGAUAGUCGCACUGAGUCUACUCCUCUUGAGCCUAAUGUUCGAUUUACCCCUAUAGAUGGCACUGUUUUGGAUAAUCUGACUCUCUAUCGACAGUUAGUUGGCGGUCUCAUCUACUUGAGUGUCACCCGACCAGACAUCGCCUAUCCAGUUCAUGUACUUAGCCAGUUCUUGUCAGCUCCUCGUACUACUCAUUAUGCGGCAGUUCUUCGCAUUUUUCGCUACAUCAAAGGCACUCUAUUUCAUGGCCUUUAUUUUUCUGCCCAUUCCUCUUUGUCUUUUCAGGCUUACUCCGAUGCUGAUUGGGCUAGUGAUCCCACUGAUCGUCGUUCUACUACUGGUUACUGUUUGUUUCUUGGCGACGCUCUCAUUUCUUGGCGUGCUAAGAAGCAAACGUUCACUGCUCACUCAAGCACAGAAGCUGAGUACCGUGCCCUCGCUGACACCACUACUGAAGUUAUCUCGGUUCGUUGGCUUCUCGAAGAUCUGGGUGCUCCUCAGUCAUUGAUGAUUGGAUUUUUGAUGUCAUCUCCUACUGAUGUUUUUUGUGAUAACCGCAGUGCUAUUCAGAUUGCUCAUAAUGAUGUGUUUCGUGAACGCACCAAACACAUUGAGAUUAAUUGUCACUUUGUUCCGCAACGUAUCCUUAUUGAUGUUGUUCAUCUUAUUACUGUUGGAACACAAGAUCAGACUGCUGAUAUCUUCACAAAAGCUCAUCACCCGACUCGUUUUCGGACUUUGUUAUCCAAACUUAAGUUGGUAUCCUUAGCUCCCACUUGA